AUGCUGAUUGAUACAUGCACACUUUCUCUGCGUCAGAUUCAAGCUCUGGCUGCACUGUUCGAGCAGCAUGGUCUCGACAACCUGUCACUCAUCCUAUACGCACCAGCUCAUCAAGUAUUUGUCGUAAACAGGCAAAGCGUCAUAGAAAGCUUCGAAAAAGAUCAAAAUCGACGUGUGUUUGUCGAUCCGCGCUACGCGCACCAACCAGUCUAUGAUACCCCGGCUGGUGUACAAACGAUCCUAUCGCGCAUUCAGGAAGCAUGUGUGGCAAACGAGCAUGCGAGUAUAAUUGUGUCACGAAACUCCACGGAAGAUGCACGAUACCUCGGCAUCUCUGCAUGUGGAUGGCUUCUUGGGUAUCCGGUCGUGUACCUAUGCUCGACGGUAGGCGAUGCAUUGGACAUCUCUCAUAUGGACGCCAGUAUUCAGUGCCUGCCUGUCGCACACGAAGAAGCAGAUGCACAUUGGUCUACGAAUGAAUGGGAUACAAGCGCUGCCAAGUUCACGGACCUGUCGCUUCUUCUUGUCGAGGCGACGAUGCAAUACGCACCUGUCCCACAGAUGUCUGCUCACGAAUAUCAUCCAGUGAUGGCUUACACACUACCAGUAAACAUGCCACACGCACAGGAAUUAGUGGACGCAUGGAAGCACCAAAUUCUCUCUCAUUGGCAAGCGCGGCGAGUUUAUCUUCCUGAGUUCCUACGCCAUGUCACAUUUCACAUUCAAUCUGUACAAAUAUACAUGGACCGAAUCGCAUUGUAA